UAGGAAGUGUUGUUACUUCUGUUUCCUUGGUCAAAAGAUGUCAUAAAUGUUUGUUUUUGCAUUGAAGGUGGGAAGGUGUCGGGGGGGAAAUGGGAGAGAGAGACAAAGUUGAAGAACUUGUUUGACAAGGUGAUUGUAUGAAAAGAAUCCAUUAUUGCUGAAAGCCAAUCUUUCAGGUGGAGCACCGAAACAGAGAGGACAUAUUUAACUUGUUAGGAACUCUGGUAUCUUUGAAAGAACCUGAAGUCAGAAUCAGAAACCUGUAGGGUGAUGAGUACUGACAGAAUCUCCAGCCUUGAUGAUGAUGAUGACAGGAGAUUUGAUGAUGUGGUGCCAUAUAGUGAUGAUGAGACGGACAAUGAAUUAGAUAGUUCUACUGAAAGGUUGGACGAUACAGAGCAAAACUGCAUCAACCAACAGACCGAGGAGAGAUGGCAACCAAAAAGUGAAUACACGUGGAAAGUCAAAGCAAAUGACAGAAACUUUAACAAUCAAUUCACAAUUACAAAGUAUGGUUGCAUUAAAACCAGCAAAUAUUCAGGGAAUGCAAUCCGGACGUACAAGUACAAUGUUUUUACAUUUUUACCACGUAACCUGAUGGAACAAUUUAAAAGAGCAGCCAACGCCUACUUUUUGAUUCUUCUCAUUCUUCAAGCCAUUCCUCAGAUCUCAACCUUGGCGUGGUACACUACAUUGGUGCCUUUAGUGGUGGUGCUGGGAAUAACAGCAGUAAAGGAUCUUGUUGACGAUAUUGCAAGACACAAGAUGGACAGAAUUGUUAAUAGUCGGAAAUGUGAAGUCCUGCAGGAUGGCAGGUUUAAAACAACAAAGUGGAAGGACAUAGAAGUUGGAGAUAUUGUACGCCUAUGCAAAGAUGAUUUUAUUCCAGCUGAUAUACUACUGUUGUCCAGUUCAGAACCCAACAGUCUUUGUUACGUGGAAACAGCUGAACUAGAUGGAGAAACUAACCUGAAGUUUAAAAUGUCAUUAGAAGUUACAGACAGACUGCUGAAGAAAGAAAAGGAUCUGGAAUCUUUUGAUGGUUUAAUAGAAUGUGAAGAGCCAAACAAUCGGCUGGACAAAUUUACUGGGACCUUGUACUGGAGAAACCAGAGUUAUCCUCUUGAUGUGAACACAAUCCUGCUGCGUGGCUGCACUGUCCGCAAUACAGAGAUUACCCAUGGAAUUGUCAUAUUUGCAGGUGCUGACACCAAAAUUAUGAGGAAUGGUGGAAAAACAAACUUCAAAAGAACCAAAAUUGACCAGCUCAUGAAUUACAUAGUUUAUCUGAUCUUUCUGUUCCUCAUUCUUCUGUCAGCUGGUCUUGCUAUUGGGCACACAUUCUGGGAAAGUGAAAUUGGCAAUGCCACCCGAUCCUGGUACCUUUAUGAUGGUGAAGACGAUCCACCUUCCUACAGAGGUUUCCUUGCCUUCUGGGGUUAUAUCAUUGUUAUGAACACUCUAGUCCCCAUAUCACUUUAUGUAAGUGUUGAAGUGAUUCGCAUGGGUCAAAGCUACUUCAUUAACUGGGAUCUCCAAAUGUAUUAUGCUGAAAAGGACACUCCAGCCAAAGCACGCACAACAACGCUGACUGAGCAGCUUGGACAGAUAGAGUACAUCUUCUCUGACAAGACAGGAACUCUUACACAGAAUAUCAUGGCAUUUAAGAAGUGCAGCAUCGGUGGCACUACAUAUGGCGAGUUAUGUAAUGCUGCAGGAGACAGGACAGACAGAGUAGAGCUUGUUGACUUCAGCUGGAACAGCUAUGCAGAUGGGAACCUCAAAUUUUAUGACCAUUACUUACCUCAACUUAUUCGCUCAGGAAAAGAACCUGCAACACGGGAAUUUUUUAAAAUUCUUGCACUCUGUCAUACUGUGAUGGUGGAAGAUAAUAGUGGACAAAUUGUAUAUCAAGCAGCCUCUCCAGAUGAAGGAGCCCUCGUUACUGCAGCCAGGAAUUUUGGGUUUGUCUUUCUUUCACGUACUCAGACUGCCAUCACAAUAAGUGAACUUGACGUAACAAGGACCUAUCAAGUGCUCUCCAUUUUAGACUUCGACAGUGACCGGAAACGAAUGUCCAUCAUUUUGAGGACACCAGAGGGUCAAAUCAAACUCUAUUGUAAAGGUGCUGAUGUUGUGAUAUAUGAGAGAUUAGAUCCCAACAGUCUUAAUCGUGAGACUACUGAAGAAGCUUUAACGGAAUUUGCAGAUGAUACACUCAGAACUUUGUGUCUGGCAUACAAGGAUAUUAGUGAAGCAGAGUUUGCAGCAUGGAAUAAAAGAUUUCAAGCAGCCAGUGUUUCCACAAACAACCGUGAUGAAGCACUUAGCAGAGUCUACGAAGAAAUUGAAACAAAUUUGUUGCUUGUUGGAGCAACUGCUAUAGAGGAUAAACUGCAGGAUGGUGUUUCAGAGACAAUUGAAACCCUUAAAAAAGGUGAUAUUAAAAUCUGGGUAUUAACAGGGGACAAAAAAGAAACUGCUGAAAACAUUGGCUUUUCCUGCAAUUUACUGACCAAUGACAUGACUAUUUAUGAUGGAGAAGCUAUCAAUGACAUGUUAAACACCAUGCAAAAAAACAGGGCAAACGUGGCAGAAGGACAAACAAACGUAAGCACUUAUGAGAACAACAUCUUCCCUCAAGAUGUAAAACCCGCAAUGAUCAUUACUGGUUCCUGGUUGAAUGAAAUUCUCAGAGAGAAGAAAAGAAGGAAAAACAAAUGGUUUCGGCGGCCAAAAACAGAGGAUGAGAAGAAGAUGCAGAUGGAAAAAGAUCAGAAAGAUGAAGCUGCCAAAGAAAAGCGACAGAAAGACUUUGUGGAUUUAGCCUGCCUGUGCACUGCUGUGGUCUGCUGUCGUGUAACCCCUAAACAGAAAGCCAUGGUGGUGAACUUGGUUAAAAAAUACAAGAAAGCCAUUACCCUGGCAAUUGGAGAUGGUGCUAAUGAUGUUAACAUGAUUAAAACUGCUCAUAUUGGUGUGGGAAUCAGUGGCCAGGAAGGCAUGCAGGCUGUCAUGUCGAGUGACUAUGCUUUUGGGCAGUUUCGUUUUCUGAAGCGAUUACUCCUGGUGCAUGGGAGAUGGUCGUACAUCCGAAUGUGCAAGUUUUUAACGUACUUCUUCUACAAAAACUUUGCCUUUACACUAGUUCAUUUUUGGUACUCCUUUUUCAAUGGAUUUUCUGCACAGACUGCAUACGAGAAUUGGUUUAUCACACUGUACAAUGUUCUGUACAGCAGUCUUCCAGUAUUGGUCGUUGGAGUGCUUGAUCAGGAUGUCACCGAUAAACUGAGUCUUAGGUUUCCAGCUCUUUAUAUACCUGGGCAGAAAGGUUCUUACUUCAAUUUUAAGAAGUUUUUUCUCAGCUUGCUUCAUGGCAUUAUUGUCUCCCUCAUCAUUUUCUUCAUACCUUAUGGAGCAUUCCUUCAAACAAUGGGACAGGAUGGUGAGGCACCGACAGAUUACCAGUCGUUUGCAGUCACUACGGCCUCAUCUCUCACCAUUACUGUAAAUUUUCAGAUUGCUCUAGACACCUCUUACUGGACGUUUGUCAAUGCCUUUUCAGUCUUCGGAAGUAUUGUUCUAUAUUUUGCAAUCAUGUUUGACCUUCACAGUGCUGGAAUUCACAUCCUGUUUCCAUCAGUUUUUACCUUUACUGGUGCUGCUCCCAAUGCUCUUCGACAGCCAUACCUUUGGCUAACAAUCAUAUUAACUGUGGCAGUCAGUCUCCUUCCUGUUGUUGCUGUUCGUUUCCUGAUUCAGGUUGUCAACCCUUCAGAGACUGACAAAAUUCAAAUGAACCGCAAAAUGUACGAGAUUGAAUUGCGACCUAAACGAAGUAGACCAAGGUCUUUCCAACGGAAUGCAUCUGUUCGUCGAUCAGGUUAUGCAUUUUCACAUCAGCAAGGAUAUGCUGACCUCAUUUCUUCAGGUCGCAGUAUCCGAAAGAAAGGAAUACGCUCUGAGCCAGGUGUCAGCAAAAGUAGGACAUAUGAAACAGCGGGUGCAAAUGCAAGCUGAAACCAUCAAUGUUCUGUUGCCUCAUUAAGACUUUCUUUGUAUUUAUAAACAGCUUGACAGAGAAAUCUUGAUUUAUAAAAAUAUAUAACUCUCAGGAUAAAUUGGAGGAAGAUUGGAACGUGUUUCCUCACGUGUACACUGCGAGAUAUAGAAUCCUUCCAAUUUGCACACAUCUGAGGACUGUUUGGUUUUUUCAGGAGCCAACCAUCAUUUAAUUUAAACCUGAAGGUGGAAUGACUUGCUUUACCAGCGCUGUCCCUCACUUAACUAUGGUGCAAUUAAGGCUUUUGUCCACAGAACUGCAAUAAAGAAAAGUGAAUUUUGUUUUAUUGACUUGCAGUGAAUACCUGAACAGUUGAGGUGUUUUUAAUGUUUACAUUGAAGAUUUACAUUAAUCAAUUUUUAUUAGCUUUUGAGAAUAUUAAAAUGUUGUUUCCUUUUAUUUGAUACUUUACAAAAUAUGAAAACAUUCUUUCCCUUUUAUAUUUUCUGCGAUAUUAUCCAGGCUUUUAAAUAUACAUUCCAAAAAAGAGCAUUACGAAUGUGCACUGCCAUUUUUAUGUUCAGAUCUGACGUUCUUAAAUAUAUUUUUUUCAAAAGUAAUUGGAGACUUAGCUUAAAUUUUUUUGCAAACCUUUUAAAAUGAUU